AUGCUCGCGUCGCCUCGCACGCUUCUGAAAGGCGGAAGAACUGACCUCCGUAGAGAUUUCAAUCAAAGCCUGAACAGGGCCAAUCCAGCUAUAAAAGAUGGUGUUGGAAACUCACUGAGCUUGACCCUGCAGCCGAACGACACAGAGCAGAGUAGCCAGCACUACUCCGAAAUCACAAUGCCUGCAGCACUCGAUCUCGCCAACCCUGAUCGCACCAUUCAUGUCGGUGUCGUCUUGAUGGGAGGUGAAACCGAGAUUUUGGAUGUUGCCCCCGUCGAUUUCUUUCACGGUCUCACGAAAGAUUCCAUCCAAGACUGGCCUGAAGAUUGGCUGGACCCGAAGCUCCGAGAACAAGCCAUCGAUUUCAAGUUUCACUGGGUCAAUGAAACAGGAAACCCAGCAAAGUUAACUGGGGCAUUACCCUCCAGCCGACGGUAG